CGUUUUAACGUGGAGUGUGCGUUUAAGUUUCUGGUGCUGUCGAUCCAAUAUCUCGGCGCUGCACUCGCGAUCUGUAAAAAUCAGCUAUUGUUCAACUGAGCUCCACGGGAACAUUAGGAUGAUGUGAUUUGUCUUCAAGGACAAAACGUUGAACAAGGAUCUGCUGCAAGGAGGAAGGAAAGUAAAGAAGAUGGCAUUCGACGAAGUGAGCCCACAGCUUGGACCUAGCACUUUAGCAGACAUUCGAAUUUUCGACUCUUAAAACACAUCGGUCGGUCAUAUAAUAUCGAACUAUCUGUCAGGUUGCAUAUGGGGUCAAGGUGCUCUUCUCAUACUCUCGUGACGUAGAGCUUCUAGCAGACAGGUUUAUCCGCGUUUUCUCGUGAGUGUUGGUACUUCCAAUCUAUCAGCAUUACCCUUGUCGCUCGUGAUCGGACGAAAUCAGCUGAUACUGCUCAACCGGACAAGGAUAAGGAGGUGCCGGAAGGAGAAGGCAUAGCAAAAAUGGCCUUCAACGAGGUCUGUCACGAUAUAUCGUAAUGAAAAUAUUUAACGAGACGUUGGAUUUGUAAAGAAUUGACCAGCAUUAUUUUUUGGACUAGUCAUUAGGGUGCCUUCCAUCCCUCACGAGACGUUGGAAAAGGAAAAAAAGUUGGGUUAGAUUGCCGUCCAUUUUUCCAGCCAAAAAACAGAAGGUAGACCCCGAGCUGAUAUUUACCAAACAAGAACGAAUUGGAAAAGGAAGUUUUGGCGAGGUCUUCAAAGGCAUCGACAAUAGGACUCAACAAGUUGUUGCCAUCAAAAUUAUCGACCUUGAGGAAGCAGAAGAUGAAAUCGAAGACAUUCAACAAGAAAUUAUGGUUCUCUCACAAUGCGAUAGUCCCUAUGUUACCAAGUACUACGGCUCUUAUCUCAAGGGAACAAAACUAUGGAUCAUCAUGGAGUAUUUGGGUGGAGGUUCUGCCCUGGACUUGAUGAAGGCAGGUAGCUUCGAGGAAAUGCAUAUUGCAGUAAUUUUAAGAGAGGUUCUUAAGGGCUUGGACUACCUUCACAGUGAACGCAAGCUGCACCGUGAUAUCAAAGCGGCAAACGUUCUGCUGAGUGAGAUGGGUGAUGUAAAGUUGGCGGACUUCGGAGUUGCUGGACAGCUGACGAAUACAACCAGCAAAAGAAACACUUUCGUUGGUACGCCAUUUUGGAUGGCGCCCGAAGUUAUCAAGCAAUCAGCAUAUGAUUCUAAGGCCGAUAUUUGGUCUUUGGGUAUUACAGCUAUCGAAUUAGCAAAGGGAGAACCUCCUAACAGUGAACUCCAUCCAAUGAGAGUUCUUUUCCUCAUACCGAAAAAUAACCCACCCCAGCUAAUCGGAAAUUAUACGAAACAGUUUAAAGAAUUCGUCGAGGCUUGUCUUAACAAAGAUCCCGAAAACAGACCAACGGCAAAAGAGUUACUAAAGUUCCAGUUCAUCAGAAAAGCGAAGAAGAAUUCGUACUUGAUCGACCUGAUAGAUAGGUACAAAAAAUGGAAGUCUCAGCGCAGUGAGGAGUCGGAGACGGAGAGUGAGAAUUCAGACUCGGAGGAAUCAAAACAAGACAGUGACAUGGAUGAGCCUUGGAUCAUGACAGUCAAAGGACCUCAGAAUGUAAAAGGUCUGGCAGUGCCUAUGUUACCAUUAGAUGAACAACUGACUUCUUUAACUUUGACUCAUGCGUCAAAUUAUAAAUCUUCAAACCAUAGUAUGCAAGGUAAACCUCAUGCAAAUGGAGCAUCCAUAUCGCCCCCGAAAGAAUCUACAUUGAAUCAUAAGAAGAGAGAAUCUAGAGAUGCACAUCGUGAUGGCCAAAGUAAACACAUACCGACAAGACCGAAUGAAGCUGCACACCUUCCCCCUGUGGACUCAAGCUCGAGAUUCCCGUGGAUUGACUCGUGGGAGAAUCGAGAUUUUAGAGAUUCGACAUUGGGCGAAGUAAAAGACGUCGGAGAGAUCCGUGGGAGCAGAGAAAGGGAACGAGAACGAGAUGGAGGAAGAGACAGAGAACGAAAAAGAGGAGAUCGCGAGAGAGAAAGUAGUACGCACGAAAAGAAAAGUAGCAAACCAGAAGUGUUUGAUAUACCGCUGUCCGACCAUAGGUCUGGAGAAGAAAAAUCUAGUAAGCCAGAAGUGCCUGUGGUGCCGCUGAGCGACCACAGGUCCGGAGAGGAGAAACAAAGGCCAAAAAGUUCUCAAGAAUUUAAGCAUCUUCGAAGUACUGUUCUGACUGGUGUAAUUCUACCGCUACUUUCUGAGUUACAGAGAAAGCACCAGUAUUCAUCGAGAGAUAAUGACCAGAGUAGUAAUUCCGCAGGUAGAAACAGUAGUGCAAUCGAUGAACUUAAAGGAGCUUUUGAAGUGGCGGAACGUACAUCACCAGGAAUGAGCGAAGCUCUUGUCCGUGAACUUCUCAAAUCUUUACUUCCCAGCAAUCAUUCCGACAGCCGCUUAUCUAUGCUCAUGGAGAAAGCCAUCUUAAGGGACACGUAGGGACACGAGAGAGUGAGAGUUCGCAGAAGAGUGUGUUGUCCACAAACAUCUUUACGUUAUAAAUGCUGGAUUUUAAAAGUAAACACUCUCGAUCGACAUUUUUAGGUGAAUGUUAUUGAUACUUGGCUUGUUCAGCUCCACAAAGAAAAAGUGACCCAGCGCGCAUUGAACUUGUCAUUUGUGCUUUUUUAUUUCGAUUUCACUAGUUUCACUUGAAAACAGUAUAUAUCUUGACAAUAAGAAAAACUUGCAAAAAUAUCAAAACUUUAAAGAAGCAAAGUGUUGUAUGAUAUUUCUGUCAGAUAUUGUUAGAUAUUCCUGCAGAAAUCUUCAAUUUUUAAUUUCAGGAGUUGCAGCUGUAGCUUUUCCUUUCUAAAAAAUCUUGCCUUCACAUAGUACCAUCCGGAAUCUACGUGAAUAUGAAUGAUAUAUCUUGACAAGAAUAAACCAUAUACGAACAUAAAACGUAAGAAAUGAUCACACAUAAAUGAUUCAUAACUAGUUUACUUAAGAGAAUUAUUGUCGAAAGGAUUCGAAUUAAAAAUACUUAAAUAUACGUUUUUUUGAACCAGUAUCUUGUUUCUGAAGAAUUAUUUUUAAGCUUUGAAGUACUUCAAUCAAUAUUUUUAACACAGAAGUUAAUAGAUCUUCUGCGUUAGAAUGUGAUACAAAAAUUAGGGAUAUAUAAAUUGAUAUCCAAUGUCUUUCUCGGCGAUUCACGUAGUUUUAUUCUGCAGGUAGUGAAGCAGACCGUUAUCUAUUUGGAAGACAAGUAGAUGUCAUUUUGUUAAUUUGUAUUAAGAAGUGCACAUUCCGGAUUAUAAGAGAGAUUCACAAAAAAAA